UCAGGGAGGUGGGGUUAAGUCUCUCUCGCUCUCCCCCCCAUCCCUCCCCGGGUGUGUCAGGAUUUUUUUUUUAGUUAAUAACAUACAAGAGCUUCAAAGCCCACUCAGUGACAGUCAUCUGUCUGCAAGCAAAGGGUGAAUGUGGAGGCUUAAGCCGGGCUUGGGGGGCCGACUGGGCUGCUGGCGCUCUUUAAAGUGUGAGGACAUCAUCUGGUUUAAUUCUCCCCCUUUUUCUCUCUCCUCUCUCAACCCACCCACCCAUUCUGUGCAACCGCCACCGUCAUCCAGCAGGGUCUGCUACUGGAUGAAUUUCUGACUGCAUCUGUGAACAUUUCCUCCCCACCCACCCCCAUUGAAGGGGGUGCGCCCCAAGGAACAGACUUGAGACACAAGGAGUGUGCAGAACUGCAGACAAGCCUUACCCAUUCCUAUAAGCAUAGUCCUAUUCAGACUGUUCUCUCCUUCCUUGCAGAAGAUCCUGUUAGGAGGGGCAUAUCCUUUCACACCAAGUGGAAAACAAAGCCCAACAUUUAUCUCUAAACUGAAAUAUCCAAAGGAAGGGUUCUUUACUGAAAAAAACCACAGAGAUGCCAGGGAUGGUCAGUAAAAACCCAGAUCUUGAAUUUGACUCCUUGCAGCCUUGUUUCUAUCCAGAUGAAGAUGAUUUUUAUUUGUGCGGUCCGGACUCUGCUCCCCCAGGGGAGGACAUCUGGAAAAAGUUUGAGCUACUGCCUACACCUCCUCUUUCUCCAAGCCCGGCAGGUCUGCAAGACAACCCCCCAGGAGGAGCCCCAGUGUCAUGGGGUGGAGUGGCUCUAGGGGGAUUCCGAACCACCGACCCUCUGGACUGGGCAUCAGAAUUGCUGCUGCUGCCCCCAGAAGCCGACCUGUGGGGCAAUGGAGAUGGAGGGGACUCCUUUGAGACUGGCUUGGGGGAAGGCAGCAACCUCAAUUCCAUCAUUAUUCAGGACUGUAUGUGGAGUAGCUUCUCUGCCAGCGAAAAGCUGGAAAGGGCAGUGAAUGAGAAGCCGCAAAGUAAAGGAGGAACAGCUGUCGUGCCUGCCACAGCUGGGUCCGCCGCCCUCGCUUCUACCACCCCCACCCCCACCGCCAGCUCUGGAAACAAUAGCAGCAACCAAGCAGAGCUCAACAACUCUGUAUCGGAGUGUGUGGAUCCAGCCGUGGUUUUCCCUUUCCCUAUUAACAAGAGGGAACCGGCAGCCCCAGCUUCAGCCUCAGGGGCAGGGGCUGGGAUCCGAGUGAACAGCAGCAGCAGUGGGAUUGCUCAAGGGGCAGCAACUCCUGCUCAGCGCAACAGCAGUGGCCGCCACCAGAAUGCACCUAAUGACAGCCGGGCCAACAACAGUUCGGGAGAUGAUACGCUCAGUGAUUCUGAUGAAGAUGAAGAAGAAGAGGAUGACGAAGAAGAAAUUGAUGUGGUAACUGUGGAAAAGAGGCGCUUCUCAUCCUGCAAAGCUGUUACUACCCUAACUAUUGCAGUGCGCCCCAAAAAUGCCACCACAUUUGCCUCUGUGAGAACUCAGCCAAAUGAAAUCAUCCUAAAGCGCUGUGCCCCUAUUCAUCAGCAACAUAACUACGCCGCGCCUUCGCCUUAUAUAGAAAGUGAAGAGGUGCCACCCCAGAAAAAGCUAAAAAAUGAAGCGUCCCGUCCCAUGAAAGCCAUGACCCAGCCUAAGCUGAAGAGUUCCAGUCCUCGAAGCUCUGAUUCAGAAGACAGCGAGCGUCGACGUAACCAUAACAUCCUGGAACGCCAGCGACGUAACGAUCUGAGGUCAAGUUUUCUCACGUUAAGGGACCAUGUGCCAGAACUGGUUAAAAACGAGAAAGCUGCAAAAGUUGUCAUCUUGAAGAAAGCCACCGAAUAUGUUCAUUCCCUACAGGCUGAGGAGCACAAAUUGUUGCUAGAAAAGGAAAAAUUGCAAGUCAGACAACAGCAGUUGAUAAAAAAAUUAGAACAUAUGCAGACUUGCUAAAAAAAAUUAAGUUUUUUUUUUAUUGUCUGAUCUGGACAGCCACUGCCACUUUGCACAUUUUUGAUUCCUUAAAGAGAGUUAUGUUUUUUGACGUUGAGAAUGUUGGUUUUACUUUCAAUCCAGUCUCUGAAAUAGAUGACAAAACACUGUUUUCUGGGUGGAGAGCAGAUGGAUGUUCUUGUAUGGAGUUGAAGAGACUGCCAAACCGUGAUGGGAUGCCUUUGUAUUUCCUCUUAGAACUGUAUAUGUUCUUUAAAAGUUGUGAGCGUUUGGACCUGCUUAUGACAUCCAGUUGAGUUUGGAAACAUUCAUUCCUUUUUAAUGGUGCUUAUGUUCUACCAGGUGUUAUGGGGCAAAACCAUUUUGUACCCUUGUGGAGGGGAAAUAAACCACACCUCUGUAAAUACCAUAUACACACUUGCCUUUUGUACAUGUCUUGGGUUAUAAGAGGUGACUUUUGCUACCAAUAUUAGACUGGAAGUUCAUACCUAAGUACUGUAAUACCUCAAUGUUUGAGGAGCAUGUUUUUGUAUGCAAAUAUAUUGUUAAUCUCUGUUAUGUACUGUACUAAUUCUUACACUGCCUGUAUACUUUAGUAUGAUGCUGAUACAUAACUAAAUUUGAUACUUAUAUUUUCGUAUGAAAAUGGUUGUGGAAAGUUUUGAGUAGAUAUUACUUUAUCACUUUUUUGAACUAAGAAAACUUUUGUAAAGAAAUUUACUAUAUAUGCCUUUUUCCUAGCCUGUUUCUUCAAGUUAAUGUAUUUGUUAAUGUUUGUUGCAUAGAACUGGGUAAUUGCAAAGUUCUGUGUUUAAUUUCUUCCAACGAUGUACAUUUAGUGCUGCAUCUUUAUAGCACUUUGAAAUACCUCAUGUUUAUGAAAAUAAAUAGCAAUUAAAUGAUGUGUUACUUAAUCUUUAGAUAUAUAUAAGAUAGACAUGUCCCUAUAUUGUUUUUUGUCAUUUUAUUGGUAGAAAGUAAUGUAAAAAUGCAAAAAUAUAAUAUUCAAUCUUCAACUCAGUAUUGUCCUUUUCCAAAUUGCUUGCUGAGCUGUGUAUUGUAAUAACUUCAAUUAGAUUUUGGAUCAUAUGGAGUUGAAUCAGGCCAGGGAUAGUGGGUUCAUACAGAUUUUCAUCAGAGAAUGAGACUUAGAAAUGAGCAGGAGCUGUAUUUUUUAUAAGGAUCAUAACUUGCCUGUAUCUACUCUCGUGAUUAGCUGAAUAGGAAUUUUGACCUGGACUUCCUGCAUUCAAGAUCAAAAACUAGUCACUGUGCCAGACUGUUUAAUGAGGAUUCUAUUCUGUUCUUAAACAUGUUGAG